GAGAAGAAGGAAGAGGAGCCCAACAUGAUGGACAAGAUCAAGCGCUUCGGCCCCGCCGGGAUCGCCUCCUACGCGAUCACCGAGGGCGGAUUCUGGCUGAUCUCCAUCCCCGGCGUCUGCCUCUUCUACGCCUACGCCACGGGGGAGUGGCCCGACCUCACGAGCCAGGAGGACCAGGCCAAGGUGGCCGGGGCCUCCUUCGCGUUCCUCAACGUGGCCCGCCUCGUCGUGCCAGUGCGCGUGGGAGUGGCGCUGGCCCUGGCGCCGUGGGUCGACGAGAACGUCAUCAAGCCCUUCUUCCCCGACCAGUGGAAGGCAUGGCAGGAGGAGUGCAGCAAGAAGGACGAGUGCCCAGUCAGCGAGGAAGAUCUGAGCGCUCGGUCGAAGGCCUGA